AUGGCUUGCUUUGCCAGGACUGAAAUUAACUUGAUUACCGAUCAGUAUGCUCUUCUUGCCUUCAAAACUCAAAUGAAGCUUGACCCUCAAAACAUUCUAGUAAACAAUUGGUCGACCACCACCCCUGUAUGCAACUGGAUUGGUGUCUCUUGUGGUGUUCGUCACCAAAGAAUCACGGCCUUGAAUCUUUCUAACAUGAGUCUUAGUGGCGCCAUUUCUCCACAUCUAGGAAACCUCUCAUUCCUUGCUUCCCUGAAACUUAAUGACAACAAAUUCCAUGGUCAUGUCCCUGUGGAGUUAGCUCAUUUGCGUCGAUUGAAAGAAAUUGAUUUGGGAAAUAAUUUCUUGAGCGGGGAGAUUUCAUCAUGGUUUGGGAGAUUACCAGAACUUCAAUACUUGAAUAUGAGUUAUAAUAAUUUCUCGGGUGCUAUCCCCGCUUCCUUAGGAAACAUCACUAGCCUAGUUGUGAUGCAAUUAUCGGUCAAUUAUCUACAAGGACAUGUUCCAGAAGAGAUUAGUAACAUUUCCAACCUAAAAAUAUUGAGAUUGGGUGGUAACCAGCUCUCUAGUUCCAUACCUUUCAUCUUCAACAUGUCUUCGUUGGAAUUGAUAGCUCUUGCACGUGCCAUACCACGAGAGAUUGGAAAUCUUCACAAUUUGAUUUUGUUAGAUAUAAGUUUCAACAGACUUAGGGGUCUUAUUCCAGAUUCAAUUUUCAACAGCACAACAAUAGGUGCCAUUUUCCUUCAGGCCAAUUAUCUUUCAGGCACUCUUCCAUCAAGUAUGGGCCUUCGGUUACCCAAUCUUGAAAUAAUCGCACUUGGAGUGAAUCACCUAACUGGAAUUCUUCCGGACUCUAUCUCUAACGCAUCUAGAAUCGUUGAAAUCUGGUUGGACGUCAACCAAUUCACCGGAACAAUACCAAAAUCACUUGGUAACCUAGAACUUCUUGAACGCCUUGAAUUGAGUGAAAACAACUUCACUAGAGAAUCUUCAUCUAUGGAGUUGAGUUUCAUCACUUCUUUGACAAAUUGUCGACAACUAAGGAAAUUGUGGAUAUCUCAUAAUCCUCUUGAUGGCAUUCUUCCAGUUUCUAUUGGAAAUUUCUCUACUUCUUUUGUUCAUUUGCUCGCAAACUAUUGUGAAAUUAAAGGCAACAUUCCCAACCAGAUCGGAAAUUUAAGUCAUUUGGCAUUCUUGGGACUAGAAGGCAAUGACAUUCAUGGCUUCAUUCCAACAACAAUCAAAGGGUUGUGGAAGCUUCAAAUUUUGCGUCUUCCUCAAAAUAGAAUACGAGGAUCCAUUCCAAGUGAACUUUGUUAUUUAAGGAGCAUGGGCCUUUUAGAUUUGAGCAAAAAUGAGUUUGACAACUCGGUGCCAAUGUGCUUGGGAAAUAUUACUUCUUUAAGAUAUCUCUAUUUAGAUUCCAACAAAUUAACUUCCAGUAUACCCAAGAAACUAUGGGGACUCAAGGAUCUUUUGGAGCUCAAUUUGUCCUCAAAUUCCUUCAUCGGCAAUUUGCCCCUAGAAAUUGGAAGUUCAAAGAUCCUGACAAAAAUAGAUCUCUCAAGGAAUCAGUUAUCAGGUAUUCUUCCUGGCACUAUUGGAGGCCUACAAGAUCUGUUGACUCUAUGUUUAGCACAUAACAAAUUGCAAGGACCACUUUCUGAGUCACUUGGCGACUUGAUAAGCCUAGAGUUCCUAGAUUUAUCUUCUAACAAUAUAUCUGGAACGAUUCCAAAGUCUUUAGAGGUGCUCUUACAUCUUAAAUACCUCAAUGUAUCUUACAAUAAACUAAGAGGAGAAAUUCCAAAUGGUGGACCUUUUAUAAACAUCACUUAUCAAUCUUUUAUCUCAAAUGAUGAUUUAUGUGGUGCACCUAGGUGGCGAGUGCCUCAAUGCAAACAUAGUUCUCUUCAAAGAUUGAGCAAGAAAAGAGUGCGUCUAGUUGUAUAUAUCUCGUUGGCGGUUGGGACAACAGUCCUUUCCUCGACCUUGAUAUUCAUUUUGAUGAGACGAAAAAGGAGAAAUUACAUUGCUACUGAGAAUGGUUUGUUGCCUGCAUUAAUCCAUGGAAGAAUUACCUACUAUGAACUUCGACGAGCAACUCACGAGUUCAAUGAAAGCAAUUUGCUUGGCAUGGGCAGUUUUGGUUCAGUCUACAAAGGGAUCCUUGCAGAUGGGACGCAUUUGGCUGUAAAAGUAUUCAAUUUUCGACUAGAAGGCGCACUCAAGAGCUUUGAUACAGAAUGUGAAGUAUUGCGCAAUCUUCGCCACCGAAAUCUUACCAAAGUCAUUAGUAGUUGCUCUAAUCUUGAUUUCAAAGCGAUUGUGCUUGAGUAUAUGCCAAAUGGGAGCCUUGAAAAGUGGUUGUAUUCUCAUAACUAUUUCUUGGACAUCUUGCAGAGAUUAGAUAUAAUGAUAGAUGUGGCACAUGCAUUGGAUUAUCUCCACCAUGGCUACUCGAUUCCCGUGGUUCACUGUGACUUGAAGCCUAGCAAUGUUUUGCUGAAUGAGCAUAUGGUUGCACAUGUGAGUGACUUUGGCAUUGCAAAGUUAUUGGGUGAGGAGAGUACUGUACUAACCAAGACCUUGGCUACCUUGGGCUACAUUGCUCCAGAGUAUGGAUUGGAAGGACUAGUCUCUACAAGGGGUGAUGUUUACAGCUAUGGAAUUAUGCUGAUGGAAACCUUUACGAGAACGAAACCCUGUGAUGAAAAGUUCACUGAAGAUUUUAGCCUCAAGCAAUGGGUGGAUAAUUCCUUACAAAAUGCAAUACUCCAAGUUAUUGAUGCCAACUUAGUAAGGCCAAUGGAUGAACACUUGACUAUGAAGGUGCAAUGUGUAGCAUCUGUCAUGGAAUUGGCUUUGAAAUGCUCUGCAGAAUUGCCUAAAGAGCGGAUUAGCAUGAGGGAGGUAAUAACAACUCUUCAAAAGACCAGACUUGAGUUUCUUGCAAAUUGUUAAAGGCCUUGAAACAUGAAAUCAUUGUUCCACUUUCUUUUUCUUGUAAUGUAGUCCUCAUUGAAGCAUGA